AUGUCAUCGAGAGGAUCAUAUGUUGUUUUUUCAGGCUCGCAAAACUUUAGAUUAAGGCUUGUCUUGGCGACGUUGUCUGGUAAAGCUAUAAAAAUUGAGAAGAUUCGUUCCAACGAGCUGAAUCCUGGUUUGAAAGAUCAUGAAGUCUCUUUUUUGAGACUGUUGGAAUCUGUAACAAAUGGAAGUGCCAUCGAGAUAUCGUAUACUGGUACGACAGUAAUAUACAGACCAGGUAUAAUAGUGGGUGGAUCGGUCACACACAACUGUCCGAAUGGUAAACCAGUAGGGUAUUUUGUGGAACCAAUGCUAUAUCUGGCUCCUUUCUCGAAAAAGAAGUUUUCCAUUAUAUUCAGAGGCUGUACGGCUUCCCACGAUGAUGCAGGACUAGAAGCAAUCAAGUGGGGAAUGAUGCCAGUGAUGGAAAAGUUUGGAGUUAGAGAGUGUGCUUUGCAUACUUUAAAAAGAGGUUCCCCUCCACUUGGUGGUGGCGAAGUGCAUUUGGUUGUGGAUUCGUUGAUCGCGCAACCAUUAACCAUGCAUGAGCUCGAGAGGCCUACAAUCUCUUCUAUCAGAGGUGUUGCGUACUCGACUAGAGUGAGUCCGUCGAUGGUGAAUAGAAUGAUAGACGCAGCCAAGGUGGUUCUCAAAAAGGUAGGGUGUGAGGUAAACAUAACCGCUGACGUAUGGAGAGGGGAAAACUCAGGUAAGAGUCCCGGUUGGGGGAUAACUUUGGUGGCAGAGACUAAGAAAGGUUGGUGCUAUUUUGCUGAAAAGAUCGGCGACGCUGGUGACGUUCCCGAAGAUAUUGGUAAUGUUGUGGCUUAUCAUCUGUUGGAGGAAAUCUCAAAGAGUGCGGCAGUGAGCAGAGAUCAGCUACCUCUUGCGCUUGUUUACAUGGUCAUCGGAAAGGAAGAUAUUGGUAGGUUAAGAAUAACAAGUAAUCAAAUUGACGAAAAAUUGAUCAAUCUUCUGAGAGAUAUUAAAUCUAUAUUCGGAACUGAGGUUUUUUUGAAACCUGUUGAUUAUGAUAACACUGAUGACUUUAUCGCAACAAUUAAAGGUGUGGGAUUCACAAAUACCAGUAAAAAGAUUGCCUGA